UGGUGAUGGUAUCCCCUCAUAUGAUAUCAAUCGGUUUGAAAGGACUAACAAGAGACGCGCCGCCAUCGCCGUUAGGUCACUUGAAAGGUACAAGGUAACUAUAUUGAACACAGCACUACUGCAAGCUUUGCUUCUCACGGGACAGUCUUCAGCUGCUGUUGAAUUUCUGAAAGGCCUUAACUAUUGUGAUGUGAAAAUAUGUGAGGAGAUUCUUCAGAACAGUAGUCAUUAUACAGCUUUGCUAGAACUUUACAAAAGCAAUUCAAUGCAUCGUGAAGCUCUGGAGCUUCUCCAUCACUUAGUGGAGGAGUCAAAAUCAAAUGAAUCAAAAGCUGGUCCGACUCAAAAGUUCAAGCCAGAGAUGGUAAUUGAAUAUCUCAAGCCUCUCUGUGGAACUGACCCUGUGCUUGUCUUGGAGUUUGGAAUGCUUGUUCUUGAAAGCUGUCCGACACAAACUAUUGAGCUGUUUAGGUCUGGGAAUCUUCCGAAAGAUUUGGUCUGCUAUCAUCUGGAGGAGCAUGCAUCAAAAACGCUGAAGAAGGAGAAGGCGCGAUGCCGGACCCCCGCCUCCCUGUGAAUGUCGCAAGCAGAAGAUUCAAACUUCAGCUUUUUAGCUUGCUAAUAAUGAAUGUGUGAACAUGUUGAACCAAAUGUUAAAGUGUUAGGGUUUUGCUGCUAAG